GGCCCAUUUAAUUAUAUAUUUAUAAAUAUACGGUUUAAGAAAAUAAAUUAUUUGAUGAUACAGUAGACAUAUCUAAAUACUUCGGCAACAGAAAGCAGAAAAAUUCUCCCUCCUCCUUCCUUAAUCCGAAGAUGUUUGUGAAGUUUCAGUAUUCAGACACCAAUUGUCUGCGCGUAUUCAGCUUAGCAGAAGCCACGCCACCGAGUGUGGCGCUUUCAGUAACACCACCCAUCAAGAAACCCAAUGGUAAAUUCAAACAUAAGCAGCACAAACAGGUUUCCGAGUCCCACUCUGGUGUGGUGCACAUGUCGAAGAAGAAUGGUUUCGUCAAAGACCCACUCGGAAGAACACAGAAGAAUGUGAAUUUUCGUGGCGGCGGCGGCGGCGGUGGUGGUGGCAGAAAUGGGGUGCUGGAGAAAGAAGAUUCGACUGAAGAUGGUUUAUUGGAAAACCUAGAAGAAAGAAAUGAGAAAAAUGGUGGGUUCGGAGCGGUUUUAAUUUCUGCAGGUGGGAUUAAUGGUGUAGCGGAGGAAUUGUGUACUCGGAGUUCGUCGUCUGAAGAAAAUGUGAAAAAUGGCGAUUCUAGGAAAGAAAAUGUGAAGCAUAAUGGUUAUGUAAGAAGAUUACGUGGCAGUACUGAGAAUUGCAGCAAGAAUAGAGAUGAAACGAGUUCAAAGGGUGUGGUCGAGGGAAUGCAGACCAGGUGUUCGACGAAAUGGGCGAGAUACGGCGGUAAUAUUCCGGCCAUGUUGGAAGCGUUGGAGACCGUUAAAGAUUUGGACGAGGCUAUGAAGCCUUGGGAAACGACCUUGACGAACAAGGAAAGGAGCAUACUAUUGAAGGAGCAGUUGGGUUGGGAAAGGGCGGUGGAGAUUUUCGAGUGGUUUAAAAGGAAAGGAUGUUACGAAGUGAACGUAAUCCACUACAACAUAAUGCUCAGAAUUCUAGGCAAAGCGCGACAAUGGUGUGAAGUCGAGAGGCUGUGGGGUGAGAUGGAGAAGAAAAGGAUUAAACCGAUAAAUUCAACUUACGGUACUUUGAUUGACGUGUACUGCAAAGGAGGGCAUAGAGACAAAGCGAUGAAAUGGCUGGAAUUGAUGAACGAACGUGAAAUGGAGCCGGAUGAAGUGACAAUGGGGAUUGUAGUGCAGAUGUAUAAAAAGGCGGGGGAUUUUAAAACAGCCGAAGAGUUUUUCAAGAAGUGGUCGUCUCGUAAUUCUGCAGUUGUUGUAGGGCGUGGCGGUACGAGUUCUAGAUCAAGAAGCAAAACGGGUGUCAAUGGCGAUUCUUCCUCAGCGUCGAACGUUUGUUUGAGCAAUUACACGUACAAUACAAUGAUCGACACUUACGGAAAAGCUGGCAAACUGAAAGAAGCGAGCGAGACUUUCGAAAGAAUGCUACAGAAAGGUGUGGUGCCGAAUACGGUGACUUUUAAUACUAUGAUUCACAUGUACGGCAAUAACGGACAGCUGGCGAAAGUUGCUUCUCUGAUGGAAAAAAUGGAGGGUGCUAAAUGUUCGCCCGAUACCCGAACGUACAACAUUCUUAUAUCCCUACAUGCUAAGCACGAUGAUAUAGAGUUGGCAGCAAGAUACUUGAAGAAGAUGAAGGAAAGUUCUCUCGAACCAGAUGCAGUGAGUUAUCGAACACUACUGUAUGCGUUUUCGAUAAGGUGCAUGGUUUCCGAAGCGGAGGAGUUAAUCGCGGAGAUGGAUGAAAAGGGAUUGGAGAUCGAUGAAUUUACUCAAUCUUCUUUGACUAGAAUGUACAUCGAAGCUGGAUUGGUCGAAAAGUCGUGGGCGUGGUUCCAAAGAUUCCAUCUUGGAGGGAAUAUGACUUCCGAGUGCUACUCUGCUACUAUCGAUGCUUUUGGGGAGAGAGGGCACAUUUUGCAAGCCGAAAAAGUUUUUGAGUGUUGCCUGCAAGUGAAGAAAUUGUCUGUGCUCGAGUUUAAUGUGAUGAUCAAAUCUUACGGUAUUAGCAAGAAAUUCGAUCGGGCGUGCCACUUGUUUGAUAGUAUGGAAAAACACGGUUUAGUUUCCGAUAGAUGUGGAUAUAAUUCGUUGGUGCAAAUGCUUGCUAGUGCAGACCUUCCAGAAAAGGCGAUUUUUUAUCUAAGAAAAAUGCGCGAGCUUGAUUUGGUGAUCGAUUGUGUUCCUUAUUGCGCUGUGAUUUCCAGCUACGCAAAACUGGGGCGUAUGGAAAUGGCGGUGGAAGUUUACAAGGAGAUGAUUGGCUGUGGGAUAAAGCCUGAUGUAAUUGUUUACGGUGUUCUGAUAAACGCUUACGCAGAAACAGGAAACGUAUAUGAAGCAACUUAUUACAUCGAAACCAUGAGAAAUCUGGGACUGCCCAUGAAUGGUGUUGUGUGUAAGUCACUAAUCAAGCUUUACACGAAAGUUGGGUAUUUAAAAGAAGCUCAAGAAUCGUACAAGAAUCUGCAAUUAUUCGAGACGGGAAUCGAUGUUUACUCAUCGAAUUGUAUGAUCGAUCUCUACAGUGAAAGAUCUAUGGUUUCUGAGGCGGAAGAGAUUUUCGAGAAUUUGAAACGGAACGGAGAUGCGAACGAGUUUACAUACGCUAUGAUGCUGUGUAUGUAUAAACGGAACGGGAGAUUCGUGGAGGCGUUUUGGAUUGCGAGAAAGAUGAGGGAAUUAGGUCUAAUGACGGAUUUAUUGAGUUACAAUCAUGUUCUUGGAUUGUAUGCUUCGGACGGGAGGUACAAGGAGGCGGUGGCUACAUUUGAGGAGAUGGUGAAAUCGCUUGUCAGGCCGGAUAAUUCGACGUUUAAAUCGUUGGGGAUUAUUUUAUUGAAAUGUGGGGUUCCGAAAGUUGCUAUUGACAGGCUUGAAACGGAGAGGAAGAAGGAUCAAGAGAGCGGUGUUCGAGCGUGGGCUUCGAUUCUUACGUCUGUUGUUGACAUGGAUGAUGAUGACGACGAUGAUGAUGUGGCAGUUGAGGUUGUGUAGUUUGUGUUAAAUAAUCAGAGGUUUUGUCCACUGAUCUUGUACACUUGUUUGUUUAUUCCAUGUCUAAUGAAGCUAAGUAUAGGUUUAUUAAGGACUGUUGAAUAGCAAUAUCAGUGGCUCGAUGCUCUACUUUCGUAACCUAGAUUUUGCGGCAAA